GGUGGUCAUGUAGUUAACAGAAAGAAGAACAAAAAAUAAUUUAAACUACCUCUGUGUGUUGUACACUCUGCAUAGUGCAAAAACCAUUGAAAAGUUAUAGUUUCCAUGUUAAAACAAUUGUUUUCAUUUUAAGCCUGGUAACUUAUGCAUCUAAGAUUAACUCCUGUGGUACUCCAACAGGGAGCACAUUUCAUACGGUGGUGACAGGGCAUACAGUAGUCACAAAUCCAAGCACAAGGCCUCAAUCAAAUGAUAUUUCAGAAGUGCAGGUAUGUAAAUAUCAUGUUUGGAUAUUAAACAAUCCUCACCAAGCUAGAUUUUAUCGUCUUCCAUUUGCACUUCCAUUUUUGUCUCACAUUGUAAUGCAAUGAUCUUUGUUAGCUCAUUUUCUGACUUGUUUGACUUAACAUCCUAACCAAGAAGUCACCAAUUUGAUUAAAAUGUGUUAUUGACUAGUGCCCUAUUUAAAAGACAGUUGAGGAGAACUGCUGUUGUUGUAUUUGUCCGAAAAUAUUUGAGGGUUUUUGUUCAGCAGAAAGUUGUUUGAAAUUUUCUUUUAUUAAUAACCAACUCAUGUGCACCCACACUUUGCACAUGAUGAAUUAAAAUAGAACUGGCAAAACAAGCAGAAAAAGAAAGCUGCUUGCUAGAGAAUGUAUUGAACAAUCAAAGGCAAUGGAAUUUGAAAAAAAAAAAAAGUUAAACACUCCAAAACUAAAUUCAAAACUGAUUUUCUAUGCUAUUUAAUUUUUUUUGUUCUUACAGAACAAAAAAAAUUUGACUUAGAUGUGGCAAAAUGUACCUGGCAAUACACAACAGAAUAACUGGAGCUCCGGCAGGUGCUGGAUCUUAUUGAAAGCGCUGUCUAAUUUAUUUAUUGAUUAUUUAAGUACUAAUUAACUUAUCUGUUAUUAAUUGAACGGAUGUAUUAAUUACUGAAGAUUUUCUUAGAUCUUUAUUUAAUAUGUAUUCAUUAUGGUCACUAGACUCUGAGAGAACAUAAUGAAGGACUGAGAGCAGUGCUCAGGGAGUGGAAGAAGGAUUUAGAAGUAUGUAUCUCAAAUAAUAUUACAAGAUAAUUUGUUUUUAUUAACUGAGUUGAUAAUGUAAAUUGCCACUGUAAAGAGUUUCUAAGAUGAUGUUUAUUUUGCUGUAAUAAUUCAUUUGGGGUUCUAUUGAAAAUAUGUGCUUUUUUUGCAGAAUGAAAAUAAUAAGAUAACGUGGUUGCAAAGGCGUAUAGAAGAUCUGCAAAAUGAAUUAGAGGUAUGUUAUUUUUUGUCAUUGGUUUUUGCAAUAAUUGUUUCCCACGAUUUACCUAUCAAAACAUCUUGCAAGAUUAAUUAUGGUAAUAGGAGCAAGUGGAGUUCAAUUCGGUCUGUAAUCCAGCAUACAAGUGAUUAACAAUAUCAGAUGGCUGCAAAGCAGGAGUUGGAUUUGUCAAUCACGAGUAUGAUUACACUUAUAGAAUUUGAGAACACAAAAACUGUUACUAAUUAAUCAUAACCAUUACAAUUUCCGAAAAAAAAGAAACAGUACAAUUAGGACAAACAUCUCUGCUAGAGAAAUUGUCAAAAGUAAAAAUUCCCCCAGUUUGGAAAUUUCCCGGUUUUUUUUUUCAGGAUAAGUGAUUGUUGCUAUGGUUAUUUUGAUCAAUUCUGUGAUUGGUAGCUUCAACUGUCCAAUUAUAGGUGUCCAAUUAAGUUAUCUGAGACACAACUUACUCUGGCUAGGAGAGAAUUAAUGUAAAUGGUAUUGUCUAGGAUUUUGAAUCGGGAAGUUCAGGCAAUCAUUUUGGAUAAGGCAGUCCUCACAUUAAUGAAUGCCACAAAUAACAACAUUCCUAAUGGCAUAACUAAACAAUAAAUAAAACAGUCUUUUUACUCACAGUGGGGUGGUGGGUUACAUUUUUCUCCAGACUAGUGGACUUUAGCUGGGAGUAAUUUUAAAAAUAUGUGCUUUUUUGCAGAAUGAAAAUAAUAAGAUAAUGUGGUUGCAAAGGCAUUUAAAAGAUCUGCAAAAUGAAUUAGAGGUAUGUUAUUUUUUGUCAUUGGUUUUUGCAAUAAUUGUUUCCCUCGAUUUACCUAUCAAAACAUCUUGCAAGAUUAAUUAUGGUAAUAGGAGCAAGUGGAGUUCAAUUCGGUCUGUAAUCCAGCAUACAAGUGAUUAACAAUAUCAGAUGGCUGCAAAGCAGGAGUUGGAUUUGUCAAUCACGAGUAUGAUUACACUUAUAGAAUUUGAGAACACAAAAACUGUUACUAAUUAAUCAUAACCAUUACAAUUUCCGAAAAAAAGAAACAGUACAACUAGGACAAACAUCUCUGCUAGAGAAAUUGUCAAAAGUAAAAAUUCCCCCAGUUUGGAAAUUUCCCGGUUUUUUUUUUCAGGAUAAGUGAUUGUUGCUAUGGUUAUUUUGAUCAAUUCUGUGAUUGGUAGCUUCAACUGUCCAAUUAAAUUAUCUGAGACACAACUUACUCUGGCUAGGAGAGAAUUAAUGUAAAUGGUAUUGUCUAGGAUUUUGAAUCGGAAAGUUCAGGCAAUCAUUUUGGAUAAGGCAGUCCUCACAUUUAUGAAUGCCACAAAUAACAACAUUCCUAAUGGCAUAACUAAACAAUAAAUAAAACAGUCUUUUUACUCACAGUGGGGUGGUGGGUUACAUUUUUCUCCAGACUAGUGGACUUUAGCUGGGAGUAAUUUUUUUUCAACAGUUAAAAGUCUUCUGCUCUGUGUCAGCAUGGUAGAUUGUUAACAUCAAGUACAUCCCAAAUCCCUUUAGGCUUUGGAUUGAAACUGUAUAUUAAUUGUUUAAUUUCAGGAGAUGGAGAAGAAAUUACAUGAGAAAGUCAAUGAAUUAUCAAUCCUGAACACGCAACUUGAAUUGGAAGUCAUGAGGAACCACAGAGCAAAGGAAGCGAUAGAGGAAGUUGAAGUAGAGAUGGAAAGACCUAAGCCAGCAAGAAGAACAGUUGACAGGGACAUGGAUAUAGGUAAGUAACUAGAGUUAGAUAUAUUAAAAAAUGCUCAAACUUUUUGAUGAUGAAAUGAAAUACACAUAUUUUAAGAUAGUACAUGGGCAGUGUUUACAAGAGAAAAAGUUCCACUGUCAUAUAUGCUAAUUUUUUGGUCUUGAGAAACCUUGAGGCCCAGGAAAACAAAACCAACUGUUUGCCACAGGAGCAGACAUCAUAGGUGUACAAUAUAUAUUACCACCAAGUAGGAAGAUUCCACACUUGCAUAGUGCAAAAAUCACUGAAAAGGAAUUAUAGUUUCUACUACUUAACAAUAGUUGUCAUUGUAGACAUGGUAACAGAUUCCCUGGAGAGAACUCCUGAAGGUGAACCAAGGAACCAACAAAACACCUAUCGUGACAACAAUUCAGCAGUACGUGUACGUAACUUUUAUGUUUAAAUAGUCAAUAAAUAUCAGUGGUGAAUUUCACAAGAUUGAAAGUAACAUGCUUAAGCCACUUUUAAGUUGAAAAAAAAAAAGUCAAAAUCAAAACCGCUGUUUUGAACAAUUGAAUCAGCAGAAUUGAACAAAAGGUCUGUCUCAGAUAACUGUUAGAUAGUUACCCGCAAAAUACAUUUCUGAUCAGAGUCUCCCGAGACUCUGCAGGACACUUCUAUGUUUCUAUUGGUGGUUGGAAUUUGGUGUUUUCAGAGUGUUGACAUAACUUGACAUGGUCAUCCAAAGGCAUGAAUUGCUGGGGAAACUUUGGGAGCAAAAAUAAACUACUUGGUUUUUAGGUGAAUGAGCCUUCUUUGAAGGAAUUAAUAGGGUGUGUAAACUUUAUGGAUUGCCUUGAAAUUUGGUCCAUUAAGACUCCAAAGAUACCAACCUAAAAAGCUGUGUGGGGGUACUUUGUAUUCUGUUUCUUAAAAUGGAUCUGUUGCAAUAGCCUCCAGGGUAUUGUGUGUUGGUAAAAUUUUGAUUAGCAAACAGAUGAAUAAUGCAAAACAACCAAUAGAAUAUAAAAAAUCUCUAUGGUGUUUUUUAAGACAGGAUUAAGACUGCAAAGAAGUUUUAAUUUUUGAAGUCAGAUUUGAUAUGCAAUUAAUUCUCUCAGAAACAUCAUCCAUUUCAAAUUGUCAUGCCCUAUUCAGUUUACCUUUGGAUCAAGCUAAAACAAAAUAGUUUUUGAUGAAAAGUGCAUUUCAUAGCCUUUCCAUUGAUAUAUAGUGUAUGGUGGUUAUGCUUUAAAUAGCAUUUCAAAUCAAAUAGUGCUUAAAACCUUUCUGCGAAGGAGACCUGCAAAGGUCUAUCGUAUCCAUAUUGAAGUUUCCAAAUAAAUUUACAGCUCAGUAUUGAAGUCUGUUGCACAAACACUCAUUGAAAGUAAGAUAGUAGCCAAAGAUUUUGAAAAUGUUUUGGUUUGACUUAUUUUUUUAGGCCUUUCACCUGGGAACUGAGUUUCAGAUGCUGAAUAAUUCAUUAGGUAAUGUUAAGUAACUAAACAGAUGGAUAAGAUAUUGUGGAAAAGUGUUUAAACAUAUUUGAAUGCCAAGUAGUGUUCCCUUUUCAUGCUGUGUGGGUUCUUAGGAAAAUGUAUGGCAACAUCAGGAUUGCUCCUUUUAACCCUUUUGUUUGUAGAGGUGAUGGAUCUGAAUGGAUCUUGAAUAACUGAAGUUGCUACUCUGUGAUGUACACUCCUAGUGACUGCAUAAUGCAAAAAUCAUUGAAUUGUUAUAGUUUCCUUGUUUUAACAAUUGUUCUCAUUGUAGGCCAAGCACCUUCUGUGCCUGCCAACUCAGAAAUGUUUUCCACUGGUGCCAUAGUGACAGGGCGAACAGUGACUCAAUCGAGGGAACUGCAAGUAUGUAAAUAUCUUGUUUUAUUAUAUAACUCCACUGGGUAUAGCACAAAUAACACACAAAAGAAGUGUAAACAUCACAAGAUGUUUGGACAGAUGGUUAUUUUGUACUGUUGAAAAACCUGUUUAACUGGUCAAUUAUGUGUGCCACCCUUUUCUAGUUGCUUCACUUUUCACACUUGAUAAGGAAUAAUUAUUGCAUAUAAUAAAACAGUAUCUAAUUGUUAUAUAAUUAAUUAGAAGUUUCUGAUUGUAUUAUCAAUGGGCAUUUUAUAUUACUCUUUGUUAGUAUCUUGACUCACACUCCAAGCUUGUCAAAAAUACAGCACAACUUGUAAAAAUAGUCAGUGAUAGCAUACACCAAAAUGUCUGAUGAGAUAUCAUUUUUAGUGUGUAAGUGUUGGUGGUAAACUUCAAAUUGAGAUUGACAGUAACCAUUGAAGCAUUAAUAUUUGUUAAUCUGUUGUGCUUAUUAAGAAGAAUUUUCUUUGAAGAAAAUUUGACUUAAAACUCAACUAAUUUUCACACAGGUAAUUUAGUGUUAACAACUGAGUUGAAAACGUAAAUUAGCCACCGUAAAGGGUAAAAAAGCUGAUGUUUCGAGUGUUAGCCCUUCAUCAGAGUGACCCUUGCGAAAUGGCUUUUGGAAUUCCUAGGAAUAAAGGUGUGAAUUUUCACGGUAAAUUCGGACUGGGAAUUCCCAACCAUAACAACUCUGGUUCUAAAAACCUAGAAAUUCCCAGAAAUUCCAAGUUUAUAGCCAACAGGACUUGGAAUUCCUAGGAAUUCCAACUCAGAGAACCAAUGACUUUCCCUGAAAAGCUGUAAAUCUAAAAAAUUCCUAGGAAUUUCUGGGAAUUUUCAGGAAUUUUAAGGAAUGUUUAAUAAUUACUGGGAAUUUUUAAGCAAAAAUUUGAGGCUAAUGAUAUAAAAUAAAUACUUUAAAUUAAAAAAAAACCCAGCUAAAAUUCAAGUAUUCAAUGAAAUUUAUUUAGAAGCUUAAUUAAGGCUUACAUGUAAAAUAUUUUUGAUUAAUUAUUAACAUCAACUUGUCGUAAUAUUAAGAUGGAAUUUGAUUUAUUUUUCUUUUCUUACAAACUUCAUAUGGAUUAAUUCUCAAUUACAGCUAUUCAUAUAAAAUAGUCCUACUCAAUCAUUAAAUUUAGUUUGACAAAUCUGUUGAUUCUUUUCCAUAAAAUACAAUAUCUUAAAUUAUAUUUGAAAACCAAGCACUCUUGGGAGUGAAGGGGUUAAUUACAGAUAAAUAAAAUUGUAACUGUAACAAUAAAUUCGAGUGAAGUUAUCCUAAACUGCAAACUUAGCUGCUGUUUGUAUUUUUUCCCUGGGCUCACAAUGAGUUGGCCUUGAAUGAGGUUGUCUACAAGAAGCUUGACCAUUUUGUAUCUGGAUUCCAAGACAUCUGAAUUUGAAAAAAAAUAUUAUAUUUAAAUAUAUAUAUUAAUGGCUCAGACCAGGCCUUUAAGAUGGCUAUAAGGAAAAGGGCAUUCAUUGGAUUCUCAAAUUGAGAAAUCUCUGUUAUAUCGAGUGACUUUUAUAUUGGAGUUAGUACAUCUCUCUCAUAGAUUUUACUAAAAAGGGGCUGAAUACAUUAUUUUGUUUUUAUCAAGGAGGGCUUCUUUAUGUAACAAGGUUUGUUUAAUAAAAGUUCCUAUUAUGAAUCUUGAAUGUUCCCAAACGUGACUAGAGGAAUCUUGAAACCUUACUGAUAGGUUUAUUUGAUUAAAAAGUAUAAGCUUAAGAAACUGCGGAAUGCAAGUGACCGAUUCGAUUCUCAAAAUUAUUCUAGUUUCAGUUGCGCCGAGCGUUAUGUAAGCUUAAUUCAACCCGCUACAUCUAUUCUUUUAUAAGAUUUUGAUCACGUAACGAAUAUCGCAAUUUUUACUCACCACAAACUUUCAAAAUCGUAGCUUUACAGAUGGCCACUCGACCCUUGUUUGUACCGGUCAAUAUGUCAACUGUUGUCCCUUCUUUUAACUCCACGGCGCCAACGACUUUCUUUUCUUUUACAACACUCACGCUGUUCUCGUUUUCCCAUUGAACCACAAUAAAAGCUAUCUUUAUGAAUGUUAUAUUAAGCAAAACAGUUGAGAUGAGCGCCAAAUGGAGUCUUCUUGGUUUCCGAUCACGGGCAUGAUCACGUGGAUCUUUUAGGACUUGUCAUUGGCUAGCAAAGUGAAUCCGCUGACUUGCCGAUUGCAUUGUUAAGAGAAGCGCACAACUUUAAUCUGACUUCUCCGACCGGUUCUCUGCGUUUAGACGAUGGAUACCUUGGUGAUAAAAAUAAUGAUUUGAGCUCACUCUAUGUAGAAAUAAUCGACAAGAAUCGAUCGUAUUACAAAUGCACGAUUUGUGGCCGAAAGUUGUCGAGGAAACAAAGACUCGAAACUCACUCGAGUUGUGUUCAUGGCAAAUGUGAGAAAUAACACAAGCCAAUCACAGUUUGAAUGCGACUACAAAUCGUCUUUUAACCUCAUAUUUAUAAAAGAAGGAUACCACAUUAAGAAGUAUAAGAGAUACAUAGAUGAUCCCAGUGUACCGGUACCUAAAUCUACAAAGCUUGACCGUAGCAAGCGUUCAGCAACACGUUCCAACACCGCCAUCUCGAUUCCUCAGUCAGUCGUUUCCACUGAACUUAAAGCAGUGGUGACAACAGAGUAGAAUGCGUCUUACAAAGGAGAAACAUUUGUACAAGAGACAGAAGUACCUAUGUGCGAUUACAGAGGUGCGUUGGAACUCUGGUCCACAAACAGUUAUAGGUAGUUUGUAUAGCUGAGAAUUCCUAGGAAUUCCUAGUCCUCACAAAACUGGAGUCUUCCUUUCCCAGAAAUUCCCAGUAAUUCCAAGCUUUUUAAAUCAGAGUUAAUUUGCAUAGUUGGGAAUUUUUAAGAAUUCCUAGGAAUUCCCAGAAGACUGGGAAUUCAGUUUGCAAGGGUCAUUUGCAUAGUUGGGAAUUUUUGAGAAUUCCUAGGAAUUCCCAGAAAACUGGGAAUUCAGUUCGCAAGGGGACUGGGAGUGACGAAGGGCUAACGCUCGAAACGUCAGCUUUUUUACCCUUUACGGUGGCUAAUUUACGUUUUCAACUCAGUUGUUAACACUAAAUUACCUGCUCUACUCUCCCACCGACGCGGCACAACAGUUUCUUUAGAAACUUACCCUUUAAUUUUGACACAGCUGGAGGAGGAAAUAUCUCAGGCUGCAAAGAAAAAUUGUUUUCAGAGUUGAUGAUUAUUAUCACCUAUUUUAUUUAUGUAGUGAUUAUUCAGCUACUAAUUAACUUAUCUGUUAUUAACUGAUGUAUUAAUUAGUUAUGAUUUUCUUAGAUUUUAAUUUAUAUGUUGUUUUAUUACGGUUGCCAGUUUUUGAAAGAAGAAAAUGAAGCCUUAGAAGCAAAGCUCAGGGAGCUGGAGGAGUAUUUAAAAGUAUGUAUCUCAAUUAAUAUUACAAGAUAAUUCAUGUUUAUUAACUGAGUUGAAAAUGUAAGUUGACCAUGGUAAAGAGUUUCUAAGGUGAUGUCUUGAGUGUUAGCCCUUCGUCAGAGUUAAGGAUGAUAAAAUGGUAUCAUAGUUCAAGAAUUGCUGAUUUGGUUAACACUGCAAUCACUUCAUUCAUGAACUGAUUAAUUCAAUAAUGCUUGGUUCUUUCUAAUUGUUACAUAUAUUUAUCAUUUUUCUGGCCCUUUGGCAAAAACAUAUUUAAAUAUGUACAUAUGCACUUGAGCUGAUCAAUAAAAAUUGCUACAUGAGCUAUGUGUACUUCACUGAAAGGGCAACUGGAUAUUUCAUUUGUUGACUUGCCAGAAGAAAUAUCACAAAAUUAUGCAAACCCAUGCCCCCCUCCCCCCUUGGAUGUUAGUGGAACUGUUACAUUUAGUUAUAUAGUAAUCAUCAGUUUGUUUAGAAGCUUACCAUACACAUGAUUAGAACUUUAAGUUUUCGUUUUAAGUGCAAUGUGAAUGAGUGGUCAUGCUACUUCAUUAGGCACCAAAAACAGCCACUCUUAGGAUUCAGAGUAUUAUUAAACCCAGAAUUAAUUACAAAUCAAUGUAAAUGAAGCAGCAAUGGAACUUGCUAGUGGAAUUUUAUCUUGCCAUAUUAACUUGUGAUUUGCUUUUCAACAGAAAAAAAUGGGAACGAGAUUGAAGUUGCAACGAGAAUAUGCCUAUCUGCAAGGAAAAUUUAAAGUAUGCUAUUUAAUUUCUUUUUUUUAAUUUACCCAUGAAAACCAUACGAUUUUGAACUUGGAAUUUCAGACAAUCAUUUUGGAUGAGGCAGUCUUCACCUUCAUGAACGCUACAAAUAGUGAUGCUAAAUAACUGGACUUUCACUCAAAAAAACGAGCAUUGUAAUUGAUUGAUUCUUUGUCACGUGCCUCUGAUCAAAUUCAAAUGUAUCCCGACCGCCUGCGCGCCUAAUACAAUAGUACAUGACUUUUUAAGGGAGAGUCUAAAUAUAUUACAAAGCACUUAAUGUAUGAUCCCUCGGGAAACUAGUUAGUCUUGUUUUCCCUUGAGUCCUGAUAUAACUGUUUCCCAAAAAACCAAAGAAUGAGUAAAACAAUAUUUUUACUUUCAAAUAGGGUUACAUUUCUCCCCGCACUAAUAGACUGUAACUGGAAGUAAUUUUUUUUAAAUUUUAAUGUGUUUUACUACUUGUUAGCGGAGGUGUAUUGCUAUAGUAAAUCCCAAAUCCCUCCAGGCCUUAGGUUGAAAUUGUACAACUGUUACAUUUUAGUCAAGGAAGGACACAAAAUACAUGAAAGAGGUUGAAAUAUCGAGAGUAAAGCUAAGAAUCACAGAGGAAGCUACGAAGAACCGCAUACUAGAGGAAGAAUUACAAAACAAAAAUAAAGAAUUACACAGAGUUAAAGAAUAUAUGAAAAUAACUCAGCAUGCAAAAAGAACAGUUGAAGAGAACGAGGUUCAUGGCCAAAAGCAACAAAAUUGUAGCGGGCAAGUCCGGCGCGGUGAAGUUCAGCUGGACAGGGUUGUUGGGAGAGGGGCCUAUGGAGAAGUUUGGAAAGGAGAGUUGCGUGGCAUCAAGGUUGCUGUAAAGAAACCUCGCGAAAAUUCAUCUGAAUGUCGCAAUCUCUUUGAGCAAGAACUUACGAUUAUGUUGCAGCUUCGACACCCGAAUGUGGUGAAAUGUAUUUGUAAGAUAGAUGAUGAUGAUGGAUUACCGUGUAUAGUCCUAGAAUAUGCCGACGGCACCCUCGGAGAACUUUUGAAAGUGAGGUCAUUGACACAUCUUGAAGUAUUCUCCUUUGGUCUUGAUGCAGGUCGUGGCCUCUUAUAUCUACACACUCGUCGUCCGGUUCCGAUUCUUCAUCGGGAUCUUCAUCCCGGUAACCUACUCUUCUUCCUAAUCGCCAAACUCCCAGGUAGAAUGCUUAAGCUUUGCGACUUUGGUACCGCAAAUUUUUUGCGCAAAACCAUGACACCUGACCAAGGAACACCAUGCCUCAAUGCCCCUGAGGCAAAAACGCAGCACUACACAACAAAAGUAAGAGAAAUGUUUCUGCUUCAAUCAUGCUUCUAUUGUAAGGCUAUCUUUACAUUUUGUUGGUGCGAUUGCUAAGACUACUUAGAAAGAACGUCGGAGCUCCCUGGGAUUUGUUGGAGAUCCCAGAGACAGCGAAUGUUAGGAAAGAAAGUUUCUCGUCAACCGAGUGUCAAGUCAGAUUUACUCAUUCUUUUGUUCGUUAUCCUCGCGAUCUCAGCAAUCCAGUAGUAACCAGGCUAAGAAAUGUUACUUUCAAUUGGUACUUUGUGGCUAACGUAGUCGACAAAAAAUCUCAGAUGAAUUUUCAAUUGAGUAUCAAAGAAAGUCAGAUACCUUCCCCUUAUUUAGUUGAAGCCGUGAAAUUGCUUACAUACUCCAUACUGCCCUUACAAAAAUAAGCUCACUUGCAUCUAUCUUCGACAACUAAUGGCUACUUUUCGUUUGCGAACAGCCCCAUGAAACAAACAAAAACGCACCUAAAGGUUACCUAUUAAUGUAUUUACCCAUAACCACCAGUAAACGUAUGCACUUUUUGGGUGCUUCUUUCAUUCUAGGCUGACGUGUAUAGCUUUGGGCUGCUACCGUUAAUAAUGAUCAUCAGAAAAUGGCCUGAUCCGGAAAACCUAACAUGUCAGGUGCAAAAAGUAUUCGAUACUUCCCUGCAAGAACUGAUAAAAGAGUGCACAGCACAAAACCCAGAGUUACGACCAGACAUGCGUAAAGUGGUUUACAAGCUGAUGAGAAUGAAAUCUGGUGCAGUUAGAGCACAUUUCAGAAACCGAGAGGAAAAGUAUAAAGUCACUGAGAACAAGCUUCAGUAGACACUGAUGUUGCAGACCGAACAGUUUAUAAUGGUAAUAGGACCGAGUAGAGUCCAAUUCGGUCUGUAAUCGUACGAGUGAUUAACAAAAUCGGACGACCGCGAAGCGGGAGUCUGAUUUGUUUAUCACGAGUAUGUUUACUGACAGAAUUGGACGACAAGAAAUCCGGUUACCAAUGAAUCAUGACCUUUUCAAUUUUCGAAAAAACAAAUACACCUAGAACAAAUAUCUCCAGUGGAGACAAUGUCUUUAGUUAAAUGUUCCUCCAUUUUGGAAAUUGCCUUGUUUUUCUUCGGAUAAGUGGUUGUUGCUAUGGUUAUGGUGAUCAAUUCUGUGAUUGGUGGAUUUAGUUGAAUGGACCUAGUAUGAUUGGCUGCUUCAACUGUCCGCUUACAACUGUACAGAAUGAUUAGUGAAAAAUGAAGCAGCCGAUGAACCAAUCAUAUUUGAGGAAAUUAUAAUGGUUAUGAUUAGUCGUGUAAUAAUGCAAAUCGUUUCUCUGAAGUUGUCGGGUAGUUGAAAGAAACAAAUCAAAAACAAAUCAAAAAAAAUUAAACCAAACCUAGAAAUACAUAAAAACGGUAAGAUUAGCACUUAGAUUAUGAUUGUUGUAAUAAACAAGGUGUUAGGUGUUAAGUUGCUUUUUUAAGAUAGGAUUUAAAAAAUUCAGAUUUGACUUUUAUUUUUUAACAUACUUGAUUUUCUGAGAAAAUCACAAAUUGUAGGUUUUAACUUAAUAAGUAGUGUUUUUUAAUAGAUAGAUAGAUAGAUAGAUAGAAACUUUAUUAAAGUGUCAAAAACCGUCUAGCUAGGGAACAAAUCCCUUACUAAUUUGGGAACACCAAUUAGGGGAGAAUAUACAAACUAAAAAAAACUAUAUACAGUAGUAGGUAAAAUAUCUAUAGUUAACUCAUUAAGAGAUUUAUAGUAAAAAUACACAGAAGUCAAAAUGAACAAAGGUUACAGCCUGCGCAGCCAUCAUCUAAAAGUUCACUUAUAUUGAGUUGGCGUAUCUUGCUUUUAAACGACGUUAGGGUUGUGACGUCCCUGAUACUCUUGGGUAGUUUUGUCCAUAGCCUAGGCCCUAAAUAUCUAAUAGAGUGAUUGCCAUAGGUGACUGUCUCAUACCUAGGUAUUGAGAAAUCUGCUUGCCGCAGAUUGUAAUUACUAUUUGGUUCUUUAAAGAUGUUACUUAUAUAUGCAGGGCACAGUUUAUGCUUUACUUUAUACAUAAGGAUGCACAGAUCCUGUAAGCGACUAUUUAGUAGUGUUGGCAGAUCUGCCUUCUCUAAUAGUUGUUCAUAACUAGAAUUAUUAUCCUUGAAAAUCGCUCUAAGUCCUCUUUCUUGUAGUCUUUCAAGCUUUCGAGUGUCACUCGCUUUACAAAAAUGCCACACUAGGUGACAGUACGUGAGGAAUGGUAAUAUCGCGCUUUUGAAUAAUAUUAACUUAGAUUUCAUAGGAAUUAAAUUACGUAGUCUCAUUAGAACACCAAUUCUCUGGCUGGCUUUUUUACAGAUAGAGAUUACAUGCUCAGAGAAAUUUAGCUUAGAAUCUAACACUACUCCUAGAAGUAUGAUAUUAUCUUUAGUUUCAGUCACAACAUC